UUUCAUUUGAUAUAGGUUGUUGUGUCAUAAGUAUUUCAAAUGAAUUGCUUUUAUAAACUAUAAUCCGUCUAUACGGAAAAAAAAUCAGAUUGAAGCCUUUGGAUAACUACCGUAUUAAGUAAUAAUUAGAGUGGAGAAGCGGAUAUCUAUGACCAAUUUAUUACAAAGGAUAAUAACACUUAGUUCGAGGAUUUAAAUAUAGUUAAAGGCCAAUGCAAAACAGCCGAAUGCAAUAAUGUAAAGAAUAAAGCGAACUAGAAAGAAUAAAGCACAAAGAGAGUGAUUCUAUGCGUAUCUAAUGAAAAGUGAUUGUUUCGAAACCUGCUGAUGUUCGGCAAGGCUAAAAAGGCGGCAAAACACUUGUACGUUUGUUUUUACGUUUACAACCGUAACACUUUGAAUAGCAACGUACAAUCAUGGGAGAAGUGUCAAACGAAAAUUUAACCAUGAAUAACCUCAGCCCUGAAGGAAAUUAUAAGAUGAAUCCAAAUAUUCAGAAAUAUUUCAGCACAGAAAAUCAUGGAGAUUUUAUUAUUAAAGGAUUGCAGCUUAAUUUCCCUGCAGGUGUUGUGCUGUCGAUGUUGUUCGUUCUGGUGUUAGUGACGUUGCAUGAAACAUUUACCUAUUGGAUUCAACACAAAUGGAAAAUCAACCGUAGUCUGAAGACUUUUAGGUCAAAAUAUGACCAACAGGCGGCUGAAAGUCGUUUUCAUUUAAUUGCUACACUAAACAAACUGUUGACAACUACCCUCUUGUAUCUUAUGGUGCUAUGUAUCGUGUCAAGAAACAUUUGGAUUCUUGUUUCCGCUAUUUUGGGAAAAGGUGUUGGAUAUCUUCUCUUCCGCCCAUUCGUGUCGGCGUACGUCAAUGUCGGUUUCGAAAAGAACAAGGAGCGACGUACGUGCAUUGAAAUGAGACAUGUUAAUGGAACUGUGUCCGGAAACAAUAUAGAAUUAAUAUGCCCACUAAUCGAGGCUUCGUGUUAAGGGUCUUAACGUUGAAAAAGAUGUCCAUAUUUUUCCAUAGACCUAAACACUGCUAAGCUUAUUGUGUUGUGUGUAAAAUAUACAUACAAUUGUU